AAAGCAGAUAUUACCUUUCCGAUGGUUAUUGCAACCUUAAGCACUCACACGCUUCUUGACCACGAGUUUGACACUUAACUCAACUUUCCAAAAAUGCCGAAAUCAAAAAGGGACAAAAAAGUGUCACUGACAAAGACCACAAAAAAGGGGUUGCAGGCAAAACAUUCUUUGGUUGAGCAGAUAAGGAAAAGUGUCGAGCAGUACAAAAAUAUAUUUGUCUUCUCAGUUGAAAAUAUGAGGAAUGGGAAAUUGAAGAAUUUGAGAGGUGAUUGGAAUGACAGCAGAUUUUUCUUUGGGAAAAAUAAAGUAAUGACUCUUGGUCUUGGAAGAAAGAAAGAAGAUGAAGUUGAAGACAACUUACACAAACUCUCUGCCAAACUGAAAGGACAGUGUGGUCUUCUGUUUACCAACAGAUCUAAUGAUGAUGUCACAAAAUUUUUUGACACCUACUUGGAAAAAGACUAUGCAAGAAGCGGUUUUGUAGCUACAGAAACAGUGGUGGUUCCUGAAGGACCGCUUCCUGAAUUCCCCCAUUCAAUGGAGCCACAGUUAAGACAAUUGGGACUCCCAACAUCCCUAAAGAAAGGAGUGGUUACACUCUUGACAGAUCACAAAGUCUGUAAUGAGGGUGAUGUGCUUACACCGGAACAAGCAAGAAUACUUAAACUGUUGGACAACAGAAUGGCACAAUUUAAAAUUUCCUUGAUCUGCAUGUGGUCUAAAGGUGGCAUGUUCAAAACAAAGAACGGCAGUAAAAAUAAAAAGUUGGAAGAAAAUAUGGAAACAGAAACAGAAGAAACUUAAGAAAGCUUCUUUAAAACAUUAACUUUUAAUGAAUUAUUUGUAUAUAUGGUUGUAAUAAAAGUUUUUAUAUACA